ACGAAAUUGGUUAUAUUUUCUGGGUCAUAGUAUGACUCACGAAAAUGUCGAUUUUGAGGAGUGUGGAAGCUUGAAAACGGCAGAGGAUGUGUGUAACAUGGAAACGAGUAUGCGUAGGAUUGAUGAGGAUUAUAGUAACGACGACGACGAUUAUUAA